CACUCAGGAUGCGAUGGGAUUAUUUAGGCUUCAGAUGAGGCCAAAUUUGAAGUCCGUUCCAGGGAGUGGCCCUGUUCAUCUCACGCUCCAGCCACAGGAGGAACAGCGCGAGAAGGAGAGAGACAGAUUCAGCAGCCAAAGAACUUGGUGGGCAGAGCAGAGCACCGUGGACAAUAUGCUGCUCUUGGGACCCAAGAUCUGCCUGUUCCUUGCUGUGCUCACCAUCUCCUCUGAAUGGAUAACCCUGGGGGUCAAUGGUCAGCGAGGCGAUGAUGUGACCCAAAUGACUGUGGAAUCAUUCACAGAAGAUCCAAAUCUGGUCAAUGAUCCUGCUACAGAUGAAACAGUGCUGGCUGAUGUCGGGCCUUCCACAGAUGACCUGGCUUCACCCAAUGAUAAGAAUGCCACUUCAGAGUGCCGAGAUGAGAAAUUCCCUUGUACCAGACUCUACUCUGUUCACCGACCAGUCAAACAAUGUGUUAAUAAGUUAUGCUUCACCAGUGUACGGCGCAUGUACGUCAUCAACAAUGAGAUAUGCUCCCGUCUUGUCUGUAAGGAACACGAAGUGAUGAAAGAUGAACUUUGCCGACAGAUGGCUGGCCUACCCCCAAGACGACUCCGUCGCUCCAACUAUUUCCGACUUCCUCCUUGUGAACAUUUGGAUUUGCAGAGACCCAGUGGUCUGUGAUCAAGGAAGAGCAAAGAAGAAAUAAAUUGAGGGGGGAGGAAAUAAAUGCUCUAGCAAAUGGGAAUUUUUUUCUUGUCCAGCUAACCACUGUCAGAUAAUCCAGAGACAAGCAUAUUAGUAUUAAUAAUAGUUAACCUUUUCAAGAGCAACUUAUUUUCUGCUUUGGGAUUUUUAUUGAAACCAUGUGUUUUCAGUAAUGGAAGACAAUUUAAAUGAAAUGAAGAAAAACAUUCUUUGUGGUUAUAGAUAUUUUUAUACAAGUAAUGGGAUAUAUAUGUCCUGAUGGGGUCUCUCUGGUCUUGGGCCUGGUGGGAUGAAGUCUGUCUCUUCAGACACACAGUUUUACAGGCCUGCACCAGAUGACAACACACAUUAAAAGUGGGAUAACGGUUUCCCACUAAACCCUAGAGGCAAAAAAUAGAGGCAGCCACUAGAAGUCCCAUAGUUUAUGAAUGGGUUAGACUAGUUAUUUUCUUAUAUUCAGCUUUUGCCUCCAUUCCCUGGUUUUUGACCUAAACUGAUAACAUUUAUCUCAUUUUCCAACAUUUAAAAACACAGUCUGCAUUAUUGCAUGGCUUUGCUGCUUCCCAAGGUCAUGGUCACCGUGACUAAACGAGGACCAUAUUGCUGACAUACAAGCAGCUCACACAUAGUUUCAGGCGAAUAUAAACUUUGUAUUAAUAAUCUUCACCUUUAAAUCUGUGUGUGAUAGAGUGUAGGGUGAAAGAAGCUACCAUCGUGUAUUUUAGCUAACCAUAGAAUGUCAUUCAUUUUUCUUUUCGAGAGCUCCCUGGACGAACUCUCCAAUCAACUACAUGUUCCUCUUUGCUUUUAUUGCAACGAUUUUACUGAAUUGUCCAAUCAUUGUCUGGGAUAUUUAUGAAAGGAUCAUGGAAAUUUGACAGGUCAAAGAAAAUUCUCCAGUAAAGGAAAGAAACAUACAAUCCGACCAGCAAAAUGUACUCCUGUAAAAUCUGAGGUAGGGACUAAAGAGAGGACUGCUACAGAUCACGAACUUGGAUCUAUGAUUCCUUAUCCAAUUUUUCAUGCAGUUGUCCGAUCUGAAGGAAGGAUCAGAAAUCAGGUCUCAUUUUAAAAAUUCAUUUAUGAUAGUACUUGGGGUCAACCUACUUCCACAAAGCGAAUGAGACAACUUCAGGUGAAGCCAUACCAUUCGGUUCGCGUUGAUGCUGCUUUGUUUUCGUCCUCACAUAUUUCUAAAAUUGUAGUGAUCAUUGUGCAGAUGCUUCUGCAAGAGCCAAAUUGCUAAGAAAAGAAAUCAGGCUGGAAUGCCAAUAAUUAGGAAGAGAGGUUACUUAAUGGUUGGCAUGACACGAUCCUGGCCCCAGCAGUAAUCGUGAAGUCUUAGAUGAAUCACAUUGCAGUUUUACGCAGCAAAACUCAUUAAGCCAAAAGCAAACCCGUUGCCACUGAGUCAGCUCUGACUUAGAGCGACCCUUUAGGACAGAGUGGAACUGCUGCAUCGGGUAUCCCACGCUGCACAUUUGUAUGGAAGCAGACUGCCUCAUCGUUUCUUCCUGUGGAGCAGCUGGUAGUGUUGGACUGCUGAACAUUCCAUGAACAGUCGGAUGUGUAUCCAUCUUUAACAUGAGGUUCAGUUUCUAAUAGUUCUAGGUUUCAUGUAAGCCUGUGAUCCUCUGGAUUCAGUAUAUUAUUCAUGUCUGUUGAAACCUAUCGGCCAUCUCCUUCCCGAUGAAUCUGUGUGUGCUGGAUAAAGCGCAAAACUAUGCUCUACUGGGAGGUGGCCCAACAUGUAGUCGGAAAAACCAACAACCCGCCAACAAUGAAAAUAAGCGACAAGCUAUGCACUAUUUUGUGAAUAUUUCAAUAACUUUCUGUAAAAGCUAGUGUAUGUCAAAUAGGAGAUAACAAAUGACGUAUGACAGAUUCCACUCAGUUGGGUUUGCUUUCCUUUUUUAUUGCUGAGAAAUCUAGCUAAAUGAAGAGCAGAUUGUUGAUGUUUAGGAACAGUUUCGUUUAUGGGGGUUUGUAAGUUGUUUAAAGAGAAAUGCUAGGAAAAGCAGGAAGCAUGUAUUCUCUACUCCACACACUCUCUAGAAUGAAACGUAUUCAUAUAUAGAUAUAUUAAUGCAUCUUGUAGCCACUGUAGCGAAGCCUCCGAGGGGCAAAGUUUAAGACUUGCUAAAGAAUAUUUCACGAGCUUGCUAGACCUACUACGUAUUGAAUGGGAGGUGGCAUUCUCACCAGACAACAUUUCAAUCCCAAUAUUGUGUGUCAUGCUAAUUAAAUAUUAAAAAGAUUUCCUCCCUAAUUUCUUCCCAGGA